CAGUUUAUAGGUAGUUAAGUUAGAUUCCCAUUCCGCCAUAUGAACGUGAUGGGGUUUGCUAAAACUAUAACACCGAUCCGGAAACAAGUUGGAAUAUGAGUUAAUGUUAAUGGCCAGCAUUAUGAUUGAGUCACCUGGUGCGUUGAACUGCAACCGAAGGUUGGGCCUACGAUAGCUUCUCGAAGGCGGACGGUGCCAGGUGGAUAUGGAUAUAGAUAUAGACAUAUAGCUAUGGAUAGAGACGUCAGAGAGGCACCGCCGUGAUUUACAUGCGAUGUCGAAUCAGUUGGACAAACAAGCUGCCGCUCCGAUAAAAAAGGCACACAAAAAGGGGCAAAAACGGUGGUGGGUAAAAACCCGAACGAUUCGACUACGUGAGUGUGGGAUCAGUUCGAACGGAUAGUAUUUAAGCCUCACUUCGCCGACGAUCCGAAUUCAUUCGCAGCCACUCAACGGAAUCGAAAUGUGCUUCAGAUAUAGCUUCAGCUUCAUUAUAAUCGCGGCGGUUCUGCUUCUGGCAGCCGGAAUUCGGGCAGCUCCCUCGGAUGUUGUGGUGGAGAAGGCGGAGGAUCCUAAAAUCCCUCAACCCCUGCCAGAUGGCGACCUCAAGGUUCCCGAGGACUGUCACCAGCCCAAGGAAACGGGCCGCUGUUUCGCCCUCUUCUACCGAUACGCUUACAAUGUGGAUACCCAAUCCUGCGAGGAGUUCGUCUACGGCGGUUGUGCCGGCAACAAGAACAAUUUCGAAUCCAAGGAGCAGUGCGAACAGGCCUGCUUGGGAAAGUCCUCCUCGGAGUCCCCCACCACCACUGAACAAAGCGGCGAUGCGACCACCGAAACUAGCACUUCGGCUUGAUUUUAUUUAGUUUCUUAGUAUUUAACUUAUUUGUCAUACCCAACUUCAUCUCUGAUUCAAAUGCAUUAACAUACUGAGUUGAUUGUUUUAAUAAAAGUAUUUGAUUUUUUAA